AUGAAGUACAUUCUAGUUACUGGUGGUGUUAUAUCAGGAAUCGGAAAAGGAAUCAUUGCCAGCAGCGUGGGCACAAUACUGAAGUCAUGCGGUUUACACGUAACUUCAAUUAAGAUUGACCCAUACAUUAACAUUGAUGCGGGAACAUUCUCUCCCUAUGAACAUGGUGAGGUUUUUGUGCUGGAUGAUGGUGGGGAAGUCGACCUUGACCUGGGGAACUAUGAGCGCUUCCUUGACAUCCGCCUCACCAAGGACAACAAUCUGACCACUGGAAAGAUCUACCAGUAUGUCAUUAACAAGGAACGCAAAGGAGAUUACUUGGGGAAAACCGUCCAAGUUGUUCCUCACAUCACAGAUGCAAUCCAGGAGUGGGUCAUGAGACAGGCAUUAAUACCUGUGGAUGAAGAUGGCCUGGAACCUCAAGUGUGUGUCAUUGAGCUCGGUGGAACGGUGGGAGAUAUAGAAAGCAUGCCCUUUAUUGAAGCCUUCCGUCAGUUCCAGUUCAAGGUCAAGAGAGAGAACUUUUGUAAUAUUCACGUCAGUCUCGUUCCUCAGCCAAGUUCAACAGGGGAGCAGAAGACCAAACCCACCCAGAAUAGCGUUCGGGAGCUCAGAGGGCUUGGGCUUUCUCCGGAUCUGGUUGUGUGCAGGUGCUCAAAUCCUCUCGACACGUCAGUGAAAGAGAAAAUCUCGAUGUUCUGCCACGUCGAACCUGAACAAGUGAUCUGUGUCCAUGAUGUGUCAUCCAUCUACCGAGUCCCCUUGUUAUUAGAGGAGCAGGGAGUCGUGGACUAUUUUCUCCGGAGACUUGACCUUCCGAUCGAGAGGCAGCCACGAAAAAUGCUGAUGAAGUGGAAAGAGAUGGCAGACAGAUAUGAUCGCUUGCUGGAGACCUGCUCUAUAGCCCUUGUGGGCAAAUACACCAAGUUUUCAGACUCGUAUGCCUCUGUCAUUAAAGCUCUGGAACAUUCUGCACUGGCCAUCAACCACAAGUUAGAAAUCAAGUACAUAGAUUCUACCGACUUGGAGCCGAGCAUGUUGCAGGAGGAGCCCGUGCGCUAUCACGAAGCCUGGCAGAAGCUCUGUAGUGCUCACGGAGUGCUGGUUCCAGGGGGAUUUGGUGUUCGGGGCACAGAAGGAAAAAUCCAAGCCAUCGCCUGGGCUCGGAAACAGAAGAAGCCUUUUUUGGGUGUGUGCUUAGGGAUGCAGUUGGCGGUGGUUGAAUUUUCAAGAAAUGUGCUGGGAUGGCAGGAUGCCAAUUCUACAGAGUUUGACCCUAAGACCAAUCAUCCUGUGGUCAUAGACAUGCCAGAACACAAUCCUGGGCAGAUGGGCGGAACCAUGAGGCUGGGCAAGAGGAGAACCCUGUUCCAGACCAAGAACUCGGUCAUGAGGAAACUCUACGGAGAUCCAGAUUACCUGGAAGAGAGGCACCGCCACAGAUUUGAGGUGAAUCCAGUCCUGAAGAAGUGUCUGGAAGAGCAGGGCCUGAAGUUCGUCGGCCAGGACGUUGGGGGAGAGAGGAUGGAGAUCGUGGAGCUGGAGGAUCAUCCCUUCUUCGUUGGGGUUCAGUACCACCCGGAGUUCCUGUCCCGGCCCAUCAAGCCUUCGCCUCCGUACUUUGGCCUCCUGCUGGCCUCCGUGGGGAGGCUCCCGCAUUACCUUCAGAAAGGCUGCAGGCUCUCGCCCAGGGACACCUACAGUGACAGGAGUGGAAGCAGCUCCCCGGACUCUGAAAUCACCGAAUUGAAGUUCCCAUCAAUAAAUCAUGACUGAUGGUAACGGGUGAUUCUUCAAGAGAGCCUUUGGACUUUGAGAGUUUACAGCUUUGAUUUUACACUCAACUUUUGACACUUCCUUUAAAUUAUGUUUUUAUUAAGAUUAUUUUAUUAUGGGGGAAAGGUAUUUGGAAGACUUUGUGACUCGCAUGUCCCAUCCUGUGUGCCGGCCCCUCCCCGGUGCCGCCCUGUGUCGACACCCCACAUGGUCCCCACGGCGCUCCGCCGAGGAGGGCGGCCUCUGGGCGGGGCUGGAUGACGCACGCGCCAGGGGAGGGCCCAGCAGUCACCUCGUUUCUCCAACUACCUCCUGUCAUCGUGGAUUCAAGCGUGCGGCGCGUUGCUUCCCCUGCAACGCCUAGAUCACAAGACGUGUGCCCCGUGGACCGAGG